AUGGGUCUUACUUUCCUACCGCGGUCCCCUCCAGGAUCGCUCAAGCGAGGCCGAGCAGCUGCAGAUAUCGAUGGCGAGCACUCGAACCUGCAGAAGAAGAAACGCAGACUUCGCCUCUUCCUCAUCACUUCUCGCCUCUCGCCACAGUUCUCACACCCAGCAACCAAUAUUGUCGAUAGGGGCAGCUCCAAGAUCGCCGUGUGGGCGAAGCAGAAGUCUCUUGGGCGAAACCUGCUCCGCAAAGCUGCCAUAUUGAACCGCGUCCGACGGGGGGCCGUCUCGGCGAAAGAAGCGCAACAGGGCCGUGGAAGGGUGCUCGUCGAGCAGGAAAGAGAGCAGGAGCAGCUUAGACUGGCGAAGCUGACGUUCAAGUAUGGGAGCGUGGAUACAUAUACCCAUCCUGUGGCAGGCAGUUCGGGAUAUUGCUCGCCUAAUGAAGCGUACUCAUACUCGAUGCCACGCGCUCAGAUACCCAAAAGAGACUACCUCCCACUCGGACCAUCGCCGCUAGGACUAUCCAACUACGACGCGUUUGACAUGGACGAGGACAUUCCAGACCCAUACUCACACCUCGACGACGACAACGACGAGGAAGACGGCUACACAUCCUCAUUCCCAUUCGACACCUCCGACGACGACGACGAAUGCCCCUUCUCGCCCGCCGCCCUA